AUGGCCCCUCCGAAAAUAAAAUUACACAAAAACACUGGAAAACUUAAAUCGAUUCCACGGCCCACCAGUUCCAUCCCAACACCGGCAGCUCCAGCUUCUAAUGCUUCUGGUGCUGGUUCCGGAAGCGGAUCCAAUGUAUCCGCACCAUCCGAGGCCGAUCGGCAGUUUGAGCUGGAAUUGUACUGGUGCAUUCAGCAGCUCGAAACAACACUCAACCUACCGAGCGUUCGUGAAAACAACAAAAAAGUUGAGGAAACAUCCAAGCUGAUCAACACGCUGAAAAGUGGCACACAACCUAUCAUCCGCAAGAGGCAAAUUAUGCGCACCACCUUUGGUGACUAUCGGAGUAAAAUGGCCGCCGAAGAGCAGACGAUGGCCGUCAAUCCGGACAGUGUACGGUUCGAUAAACCGAAGGAAACGACCACAAAGCACACAUUUGUGAAGAAAUCGGCAGUGUUAAAUGGUGAUAAGAAUUUUAAAUUUAAUUUCUCAGUUGAUGUUAACGAACCGGAGCAGCAACUGGAAGUAAAGGCUAGUGGCGUGGAUAAGAAGCAAGAUAACGUGAAAACUGUUCGAAAAACAAAUGUAGGCAUAAUCGUUCCUUCGGAUAAUCAGUUUCGGUUUAACUUUAACGUGAGUAGCGAUUAGAUUGAAGCGAUUUUAAUAAA